CCUUAAUCGGCAGCGCCAUCUCCACGAACGAGCGUAAAAAAACAACAUUAAAACGCUCGUGGGGUUAUUUGGCACAACGGGAAGUGGCGCGAGAUCGUAACGGAGUUUUAUUUUUUUUUUUGUCGGUGGAGGAGGGCCUGGGUUUGUGGGAAGCCUACCGACUUUUCCUGAAAGACCCUGCCCGGGGUGAGGGGGGCCGCUAAGAUGCAGGAGGCGGUGAGGUUGGUGUCGUGUGGUGAUGACAUCCGCCUGUGGGAUGCACCGACCCUCACUCUCAUCGACCAGUUCAACCCGCACAGCACCGCACAGAGCAUCUCUUCGCUCGCAGUCUUCGGCCAUCCUGACAGUCCCUUUGUCCUGAGUGCCUCUGAGAGUGGCGACCAGAUUACUCUCACAAGCUGCAAGGUGGCUUGCAUCACCGUUCUUCAGCUUGCCGAGGACAAAGGACAGACUUGUGUCUCCCUCAGCUCCAACAGCCAGUUUGUCCUGAGCGGAGGAAAAGAUGGCUCUGUCAACAUCUGGGACCUUCAUACAAAAAAGCUUCAGAAAUCAUUCACUGACCACAGCGCUGCGGUCACAUGCGUCUCUUACAACUGGAACGACAACUAUGCGGCGUCGGGCUCUCAGCAAGGAGAGAUUGUUCUCCACAACACGGUCACCAACCAGGCCAGCGCCCCCUUUACGCAUCCAAAAUCCCAGCAGCCGGUGCAGGACCUGCAGUACUCGUACUUCAAGAAGGCGCUCUUCGGCAGCGUGUCUGACGACGGCUCCGUCGUUUUGUGGGACGCGAACGCGCGGCGGCCUCACCACUCGUUCACCACGGCGCACAGGGCCCCGGCGUCAGCGCUCGCCUUCUCCCCCGUCAACGACCUCCUCUUCGUCACCGCCGGCCUCGACAAGCGGAUCAUCCUCUACGACAUGGUCAGCAAGAGCAUACUGCGCUCCGUGACGGCGGAGUCUCCUCUCACGGCGGUGGAGUUCAUGCCGGAUGGAUCGACUCUGGCGCUGGGAACGUCACGCGGCAAGCUCAUCCUCUACGACCUGCGCAUGAUGUCGUCGCCUUUGCGCAGUGUCUCAGCGCACAAGACGUCCGUGCGCUGCCUGCGCUUCCACCACAAGCAUGGCGCUGCCAAAUCAUCUGCGUCAAAAAGUGCAGCGUCCUCAAAGGCCGUGGAAGCGCCUUCAUCUUCCCUGGCCGGAAGCCGAGGAGGUGGGGUUGCUGUUGCGGCGCUUGGAGCAGGUGCAAGCGGCAGCAGGGUGCCAGCGCCAACAAGCGGGGUCAUCGCUAAAGCCGUCAUUGUGGGGCACAACGGGGCAGGCUUGGUGCAGCCCACCAACCAGAAUGCCCAGCUCAGUGGCCAAGCGAAUCAACUUGACAUGCUGGGGCGAGAUAGCUUUGGCGAGAUGUUUUCACCUGUACGAGAAGGGUUGAGCUCGGAGCUGAAUUCCUUGGAAAACCACGAUCUGUUAUCCACAGCUUUCAAUAAAACCAGCUUGUCGGAUGGCAUCAGUCUGUACGCCGCCAGCGCUCACCGUACCCCCGUCAGCCAGGGAGCUGGUUCCACUGCCGCUGCCACCGUAACCGCCACCAUGGCGUCGGCGGCGCCAGUCGCAGAAACGGCGUACACAACGCCGCUGCAUUCUGCCCUGCCGCUCAUCGACAGGAAGGACCCUGAGUUGGCCCUGUUCGUAACACCAGACUCGGUGACGUACACGCCCAAGGAGGUGACGUGGAGCCAGGAGGCCCGGAGCACGGUGCCAACUUCCCCCGGCCAGUUUGCCACGAGGCCGGGCUCGGUAAACUCCAGCAACUCUGAGCCGUACACGCCGACGUCCGCUGGUAGCACAGCUGCCCUGGGCGCGAGCCCGCACCUGAGCGGGCGCGAGCGAACUGCUGGCAAGGACGCUCGUGUCUCCGGCACUCCAGUCCUCGCGGCCACAUACGCGGCGGUGACGCCACCCGGCAGGCCGGCGGUGGAGGUGGCGGGAACGCUGGCACAGCGAGUGGCGGACGUGGUGCAGAACGGCGAGACACACCGAAUGCUCACCCCCUUCCAGGUCGACUUCAUCCGUGGCAUGAUCGAGGACACCAUGGAGACCUACACGGAUGCAUUCCAUCGGGACAUGGUGAACCUGCAGGUGGAGAUGCUGCGGCAGUUUGAGAUGCAACAGAACGUGAUGGAGUCCCUCCUGGAGCGCUACUCCAUCAACUACACCCUCGUCGCCGAGAUCGAGCGCCUACGCGAGGAGAACAAGAAGCUUCGCUCCAACUACUGACCUCUGACCUUGUCGAAAAUUAGAUCCACAUCCGAGCGAUAGGUUGCUCAACUCGAUUGCGUGCAACUGAAACGCAUGUGUGGAUGUCUCCAGCAACCGUUGUUCAAAGCCGAGAGACACUCUACUUUCAAGCAUUGAUCAGCCCAGCGAUUUGUAGCGACGUAAUUUCGUCGUGCGCUGCACACUUGCGAACUUUCAGUCCGUCGUUCCAAUCAUAGAUGCGGCGUUUCAUUUUGUCGUGGCUUUUAAUUUCCUUUUUCCGCAACUACUCGCUCGGAUCUGGACAAAGCAGUUGCGAGCGAUUACUUGGCGCGAUUUGAUUGCGCAACUGUUGGCUUCAGUUUUGGGCCACGUUAAAGACGACUACUGACCCUCUCCCAUCCACUUCUGCUGGAAGUUUUAAAGCAAUAUGUGUGGAGAUAACAUUCACCAUGGACGAACAGCAAUAACCAUUCGUGUUCUAUGUCCCUCUUGUAACACUCUCAUUGCCAUUUACCUGUAUAUAUAUGUCUAUAUUAAUGUGGGGAGCAGUAGUGUAGCGGUUAACACGCUGCGCUACGAAGCCAGCGACCCAAGUUCGAUUCCCGCUCACGGCCACCACAAGUGACGAAUAUCUGAACCAGUCCUGGGCCUCCCUAAGGUCGUCUCAGCUUUAAAGUGAUUACCUGGUGUGGUGUGUAAAAACAUCGCCACAGGCGAGACGAAUGCGGUCGGGCGUGGUGCUGGCCACCCACCCCCUCGUGUACCGUGCUGGCCUUUAAAGGUGCUCACGAACAGCACUUAUCUAAAAAAGGCUGUUUAGGCUUUCAGGGGGAUCUUUAUAUAUUCACAUGUGUGUGUAUAUAUGUAUAUUUAUGUACCUGUCCAUGCCUGAUAAAAACGUGAUUAAGGGCUAUACAUUUUGAAAAGCACAUUGAGGGUACUGUACCAUCAUAGCAGAAAUUGUUCAGAAAAACGUGCCCAAAUUCUUGCGAUAAGAACCUUGUUUGCGUAGGUCACUUGGCUCAUGAGUGGAAGGCAAACUGUCGGUCACGUGAUCGCACGAAAAAAUGUCCAUAGCCGCGGGGAGUAUGUGGAUAUGCCACACUCCUGUAUGCAGAUAAUGCAGUAGCAGCACUGGUGAAAACGUGGAACUUUUGUAAUUAAGACUGCCUGCCUGCACUGGCGGAGCCAGUGGGGGUGGGGUGGCACGUGCCCCCCCCAAUGAUCCGAUCGAAAUCCCUAAUUUCGAUCGGAUCAUUGGGGUUUAUUAGUAAUAAAUCGGCAUUUUGCGACCCCCAUUGCCACUGUGUAGCAUAUUAUGUGACAGGACAAUAGUCUGAGUCCAUAAUCGGAAAUAAGUAACGGCAAAGCAGUUAUAAGUGACUCACAGAAUUGUGCGCAGUUGCGUAUGCAGUACACGACUUCCCUAAAGGCAAACACCUUCAGCGAGCGCGAUGCCGAUCACACAACGCGGUUCGAAUUCGACCCUCGAUCGAUGGCUGCACCAUCGCCGCACACGCGUCGAAUCAAAAGCAAGGGACAAGUCCUUACUAACAACUAUUAUUUUUCAUUGCUGGAGGGGUUGCCCCCCCUUAACGUGGUCCGGUAUCAUCGGCUUUGAAGGGCAUGAGACAUUUAAACCGUAUUCAUCGAGUGCUAAUGCCUCAUUGGUUGUGACCGCACAAAACACAAGAAAUCAAAUGUUAAAACAGGCUGUGGGGUGCAGUUUUAUCUGAACAUGUACAAUUAAAACCGGGGGGGGGGGGGGUCUUUAUAAAGGAGUUUAUCAAUAAGUAGCACGUCGGUUAGAUAUUAACAGCCAUAACCUGCCUGGACGAGUUUUGAAAAAUUCCAGCGUGGUGCAGUAAGCUAUCAUCAAAAAAUGAUUACAGUACCUGCAAUCUACAAGUCUUCCGAGUUGUACAAAACUAAACAGCACAGUUUCUUUAGCCGUACAUUGUAAAAAGAGACACGGGGGGGUGGGGGUGUGGAAAAUGUAUGAAUGCAUUUAUAGUAAUUCGAACUUUAAUAUUUGUGUUAAUUUAACAGUUUUUGCUCACUCGGUCUGGUUGGAGCGAGCGGUUCUGUGGGAGGUCGGUAAACUUACCCCCCCCCAGAGUACAGUGACAGAAAAUAACCACAUUUCGUGUGUGUGCUGUGUCAUGUGUAAAAAAAAAGGGUCCUGAUUAAGUAGGCUGUUUUUUUUAUGAGUGCCUUUCCUUAAUCCGUCAGUGUGAACCCCUCCCAACGGAGGAAUACCGUUACACGUCAAGAUGUUAAGAAGCUCUUGAGUCGGUGCCUUGGUCUUGUAGAGGUUUUGAAAGGAAUGAAAAGUAAAAAAAAACCUCAACUGUUGAAACCUCUCUGCAUUCAUCCUGAUUUGUACCUAGCACCAUUUUUCGACAUCAAACGUACCAUUCUUGUCCUUAUAGUAUGCCUGUUCAACCUCUUAUUUGAUCGUAUUCAAUGGGUAUGCAUUCGGAUGCAUAUUUUUAAUGCCAGCCUUUGUACGAGUUGGCGUUCCGUGUUUGGUAUGGCACUUAAUAAACUGACGAUUAUUCAUGA